CCUCAACUCAAAGUCAACCAACUCUCUCAACAUAUUCUAAUGGAGUAAUAAAAUGAUCUCCUCGCGGUAAUCAAAAACCCACUGAUCUCUCUCCCUCUUCCAUCUCCAUUUUCGAUUCCAAUGAGUGCUCAAUGCAUGGGCCCGCUGACUGCAAAGCUUUUCACAAUCCUCCCCUUCCUCUGUUUCUCGGCAGCGACGGUUUACGGAGCACAAAACUUCGAAGUCCAAUACGAUUCGUUCAACGAUUCCAACAAGGACAAUUUCGCGAUCCAAUCUCCUGCGGCCAUCAGUAACAAUGCCCUUCAAAUCACCCCGGACACAGCCAGCAGCAGUUUCAGUCUCUACAAUCGGUCUGGAAGAGUCCUUCUCAAUCAGGCUUUCAACCUCUGGGAAAAUGAAGUCCAGUCCAAUUCCACCCGAUCAAUUGUACAUUUUACCUCCUCCUUCCUCAUCAAUAUCUAUCGGUUGAACAACUCCACCGCCGGUGAAGGGUUCGCCUUCGUCAUCGUCCCAGACAAGGCCGUACCUCCCGGGAGCGAGGGGGAGUACAUGGGCUUGACAAACUCCACGACCGAUGGCGAUCCCAACAACCAUUUGGUGGCGGUGGAGUUCGACACGUUUAAGCAGGACUUCGACCCAGACGAUAACCACAUCGGCCUAAACAUCAACAGUGUCCGAUCUAGAAAUGUGACGCGUUUAACACCCCUCGGUAUCCAACUCGCUCACUUGGAAGCCAAAUUUUACAAUGUUUGGGUGGAGUAUGAGGGGUUUUCCAGGAACUUUAUGGUCUUCAUGACGGAAGGUUCGAAGGAUGGUCCAACACCGGACAGACCGGACUCACCUGUGCUGAUAUCUAAUUUUAAGCUCAGUGACGUGGUGGCUCAGUAUUCAUACUUCGGUUUUGCGGCUUCAACUGGCAACAACACGGUCCAGUUGAACAGCGUGUUGAAAUGGAAUCUGACCGUCGAGUACUAUACUCAAAAUAUUAACAACCAUCCGACCUCCUCGUGGCUGCAAAUCGUCCUCGGGGCUGGGGUGGCGGUGCUGGUGAUUGCGGCCAUGGGUUUGGGCUAUUACUUAAAUAGGAGGAGGUUGGCGCGACAAUCGGACCCUAACAUCCUGCGCGCUCUGAAGAGAUUGCCAGGUAUGCCUAAGGAGUUUCGAUUUAAAGAUUUGAAGAAAGGUACAAACAACUUUCACGAGAGGAACAAGUUGGGUCAAGGAGGUUUUGGUAUGGUGUACAAAGGGUUGUUACCGGGUGAGAAUUUGGACGUGGCCGUGAAGUGGUUCUCCAGGGAGAGCAUUAAGGGACAGGAUGAUUUCUUGGCCGAGCUUACCAUCAUUAAUCGUCUCCGGCAUAGACACCUCGUCCCAUUACUCGGAUGGUGCCACAAGAAUGGGAAGCUCCUCUUGGUAUAUGAAUACAUGCCUAAUGGCAGCCUGGACAAGCACCUCUUCGGUAACAGUGCCGAGGACGAGCCCUUAAGCUGGAACCUCCGCUACAAGAUCAUCUCUGGACUGGCCUCAGCUCUGCACUACCUCCACAACGAGUACAAUCAGAAGGUGGUCCACCGAGACAUCAAGGCCAGCAACAUCAUGCUUGACUCCAACUUCGAUGCCCGGCUAGGUGACUUUGGCCUAGCUCGUGCCCUCGACAACGAGAAGAACUCGUACACAGAGGCUGCAGGCGUGAUUGGAACAGCCGGCUACAUUGCCCCCGAGUGCUUCCUCACGGCCAAAGCAACGCAGCAAUCUGAUGUGUAUGCGUUUGGAGCAGUGUUGCUUGAAGUAGUGUCUGGCCAAAGGCCUGGCACUAGAAUAGGUGCAUUUCAUUACGUGGUUGAUUGGGUGUGGUAUUUGCACCGUGAUGGCCGGCUACUAGAGGCGGUGGAUGAGAGGCUCGGGGUAGAUUAUGUGGCGGAGGAGGCGGAGAGGGUUCUGCUUUUAGGGCUGUCUUGUUGCCAUCCUAUGGCGAAUGAGAGGUUGGAUAUGAAGGAGAUUGUUAAGAUUGUGUCAGAGUCUGUCCCGGCACCUUAUGUGCCGCCAUUCAAGCCACCUUUCGUUUGGCCAGCAGUGGUGGGGAUGGGCGGAGAAGAUAUUAGUUCCGCCACUACGGAGGAUAAAACAAUUUCGACCUCCCAUUUUGGGCCUGAGUGGUCUCUACAACUCGCUCCUUAGUAUUGACUUGUCUUGUGUAGUCUACAAUACCCUCACUCAACCGAAAAGAUAUGGAAACUCUCAAAUUAUCUUGGAGUUUUUUUUUAGCAUUUUAAGGCAAUGAUAUGAUAUCAUACUUGUUGGAUAAUAAUAACCAAAAUAAACAUAAAUUUUUCAUUCUUUUAGUGUUGUUAGUCAUCAAUAAAUUUGGUAAAUUUAUAAAAUAAAAUUUCAAUGGCCUACCAGAGUCACUCUGUAGUAAAAAUAAAAUAAAAUAAAAUAAAAAAAACAACUUGACCGAGACCUUUAUAAAAAUGCACAAACCUCAGUUCGAGAAAUAAGA